AAGUAGAGCACUAGAAACGAAACAUCUGUGGUUGCAGCACUUGUAGCGAUGUAUGGGAUCAUAAGAUACUCAAUUGUUUAUAUAUGGAUAGAUUAAGAUUGAGAAGGAACAAUGUCAUUAACGUCAGCAGCUACUCCUCGAAAAUUGCCAAUCUUUGUGUUUCCACAAAGUAUUACAUUCUACUUGGACGACCAGUCCACCCACAAGCAAGUGUUAACUUUGUAUAACCCAUAUGAAUUCCCUGUAAAAUUCAGAGUAUUAUGUACUGCGCCAUACAAAUAUCAAGUGGUUGAUCCAGAAGGUAUAAUAAAAGCCAGUUCUUGUGUUGAUAUUGUUGUCAGACAUACAGCAAUUUUGGCAAAUAACUGCAAUGUGAUAGAUAAAUUCAGGAUACACAUGCAUGAAUAUCCUACUAAGCAGAUAAUUGGGAAAAGAGAUGUAGAAGCUAAACUUCUCCCUGGAACAGUAGAUACAGGGAGAAUGACACCAGAUCCAGAUGUGUUUCAACAACUUCCAAUAAAUGAGAAUAGACAACAAGAAUCCUAUGCACUCAUAGGCCGAAAUAAAACAGUAGACAGAGGUACGAAUUAUGUAGCCCUUAUUGCAGGAAUUAUAUGCAUAAUUGGAUUGCUUCUACCCACUGAGGGAGAACAAAAUCGCAGAAUGCCUGAUUAUUUGCAUCUCUCUGUGAAUUUCAAAUUGAUAUUCUCAUUUGUAUUAGGUAUGGUUGCGAAUAUCGUUUUAGGACUAUAAUUAUUAAAGUUUUAUACAAUUGACAACUUUAUACAUAAGAUAGAGGUUCCUAGGAUAAA